ACAAAUAUUUUUGUCUGAUCUACUUCAGUCUUUACACUACUGAUUAGUAUUCCAUGGUUUCUAGGUGCAGGAUACAGGGGUUCUGGUACAGAGAUUCAAAGGUGAUCUUUACAAAUGUGUUAAAUACAUCCAAGACCCCCAAAGAUUAAAGGAAAACAUCCAGGAGCUCUACAAAAAAUAUGUACAGCCAUCAGAUGUGGUGGAGAAACCAGGAGAGGACACAGAUGUGCCAAAGGAAAACAGCAGACACAGGGAGCACUAUGAAAAUGUCAUAAUUAAACUGAAGAAGCAGCUUAGCAGAGACACAAACAUUUUUCAGGCCAAAAACACCAAGCUCAUGAAGGACAAUGUUACGCUUAUGAAAGAGAUAAAUGAUCUGCGUCAAGAGCUCCACACAGUCCGAAUGCAGCUGCGCAGCUUUGAGAGUCAAAGCAGCUUAAACAAACACAUCAAGGGCUCUGCUAACACAAAAGGUACAGAUUCAGCAGGCAGGACCAGCUUGAUGAUGCAGCAGAAUUUUGAAGAAACAGAGAAGGUCAUCCAGGUUCAGCGAAUGGAAAUCCAGAGACUCAAGCAAAAGAUUCUCAGCCAGACAUCCUCCUCUAGAACUAAACUGCCACCACUUUAAACAAUAUUUUUGUAUCAUCUCUAAAUAAAGUAUUGUUAUUUUAUGCAUCAGUUAUAAGGAACAACAA